AUGGCCCCCUUCGCACUCAUCCCACACGUGCCUCCAACGGUGGUAGGCCCUACCACUAAGAAGGCUACUCGUCCAACCCGGAUUCUCCCAAGGUCCCUAAUUGAGGGGGCCAAGGUAGAGAAGAAGGUGCCCUUUGACCCCGAUACGCACCUGGUCUACCAGCCUCCAGAGAAGAUCCACCUUAUGAAAGAAUUGGGUCUUGAAGGCGCUGGCAUCUCUCCUAAUGCCAUCUCCGAGCCCUUCCCACUCUUCUCGGAGGAGGCAAUCAGACAGAUGAGGGCUGAGAUCUUCAGCGAACCGGUCCUGGCUGAUUGUCAGUUUGCCUCGACGUUCUGCACCAACAUGGUUCGCGGGAUGGGACAUAAACGUGCCCCCUUUGUUUGCGAUACUUGGAAAUCACCCAGAGUUCUGUCCAAGGUCUCCGAGGUCGCUGGGAUCGAUCUCAUUCUCGCAUGGGAGUAUGAGAUUGCCAACAUCAAUAUCGCCGUCAAGGAUGACGAUGAAGUUGAUGGACCUGUCGACGUAAGAAAGACUGGAAAAGACGAUAACAUAGCCGCAUUUGGGUGGCAUUAUGAUAGCUUCCCAUUUGUUUGCGUGACGAUGCUUUCCGACUGCACGAACAUGAUUGGCGGUGAAACAGCAAUCCAGUUGCCUUCUGGUGAUAUCAAAAAGGUCCGCGGUCCGGCAAUGGGCUACGCGGUGGUCAUGCAAGGCCGAUAUCUUCACCACCAAGCACUCAAAGCUAUCGGUGGUCGGGAACGUAUCUCCAUGGUCACCCCUUUCCGACCUAAGGAUCCGCUUGUCCGAGAUGAGAUUCUUCUCGUCGGAGUCCGUGGUAUUAGUAACCUUGCCGAGUUGUACCCUCAGUACUACGAUUACCGGCUCGAGGUACUUGAGGAGCGCAUGAGAGCUCGAAGGAAGGCUGAGCGCGCGAGAGAGUUGGCUUACCGUCCGUUCAAUCUUGCGGAGGAGAGGGCAUGGAUCCGUGAUCAGAGAGACUAUCUGGAUUCAAUGUUGAAUGAGAUGUUUGAAGUUGAGUAG